GUGUCUUCUGCUCUCUGACGUUUGGGGAGAAUCCGGAGAACACUUGCUCUUAUGAUGAUAUCGGUGAUAGCAAAGAUACAAUGGACAAGUUUAUUUAAACUAUUGAUGGAAAUCUCAGUGCAAUUGACGAGCUCAUCAGUCGCUUAAGCUAACCAAUUGAAGGCAAUCACACACAUUCGCCUCUAUGGUUUGUUACAAAUUUGGAAGAUACAUUUCACUUGGAGACAGAAUUUGAUUGGCUGACUCUAUUCGGGAAUUCUGAACAUGGCUAUUCAUCAGUACCAUUCUCGUGAAGCUAUUAAUUAUAGCCUUGAAAAUAAUACAAAUCAGUCUGAUAUAGGUAAUUUUAAUUUGACACGAGAUACCUUUAUUGGACUGGCCGUACUAUACGCUUUUACCACUAUUUUAGCCAUAGUUGGAAAUCUAUUGGUGGUCGUUGUGUUCAUAAGAGGAAAGAGAUCACGGACAGAUUUGCGCCACUUUUUGAUAAAUUUAGCUAUCGCGGAUUUGUUAAUGGGAUUAUUUUGUAUGCCUUUUACUUUUGCUGAUGCUAUAUACAACAUGUGGAUAUUUUCUGCACCAGUAUGCCCCAUUGUCUUGUGUAUACAAAUCAUUUCAGUUGCGGCAAGUGUUUUUACAAAUAUGGCUAUUGCUGUGGACCGCUUCAUUGUAGUUACAUACCCUCUGAAACACCGUUUCACCCAGGAACGCUCCAGGUAUAUAAUUUUUGUGAUAUGGACGGCGGCCGCGGCCUUGUCCUCUGUACAAUUAUUUGUGGGGAGGGCACAUAACGAUGGCAUGGGCGGUCACCUUGUAUGUGACGAGAUAUGGCCCUCCAAAAGGUCCAGAAAGAUAUACACCAUCACAGUGUUGUUGAGUACUUAUAUCAUACCUUUGGUGAUAAUCACAGUGGCCUAUGCGGUAGUGGGAUUCUUACUGUGGAAGAGAACGCCACCUGGAAAUAAGGACCACUUCCGGGACUUCCUACAAUGGAGAUCCAAAAUAAAGGUGGUGAAGAUGCUGGUGAUAGUGGUGACGAUGUUCGGGGUCUGCUGGCUCCCCCUUCACGUAUUUAUGUUGGUCCGUGAUUUCCAUCCCUCCCCCCAUCACGAUAGACUGGAGUUGGGGCUAUAUCUCGGUGUUCAUUGGCUGGCCAUGUCCAACAGCUUCGCCAAUCCAAUCAUCUACAGCUUCACAAACGACAGUUUUAGGGCCGAUCUUCUAACCCUUUUUUACAUGUGGUUUCCGUGUUGUACUUGCCUGAAAGUUAUGAUAAAUCGAACAUAUAGUGUGACUACCAAAGAGAGCUUCCUGAUUCGACAUCAGAGCAAACUUCAGAAGAACAAUGCUUCCAGGAAAGAUAAGUUACAGAAAAGGCAUUUAAUUGUAGAGCAACAACCCGGAUGUACAGGAAGUCAAAACAAGACCUGUGACGAGGAACAGCUGGACCUCGUAUGUAAACUGUUUGUCGAUAGUGUCUCAGAACUUGGCACUGCGCAUGCCUCAUCAGAACCAUGAUUUCCUACAUUACAUGUUUAAACUAUACAUAAGUUGUAUAGAUGCACUGCAGAAGUGAAUGUUUUUGAAUAAAAAAAAAAUUUUCAAAUGUUA